AUGGCGACCUGCAACCAGCUCCUUCUCUCCGUCGUCGCCGUCGGUUGCGCCGUGGCGAUAGCCAUGCCCGGGGCGGCAGCCGAGGCCGCGCCGUUCCAGCCGAUCCCGAACGUGGACGCCCCCCAUAUCCAGGAGCUGGGCGAGUGGGCGGUGCGGGAGCACGUGAAGCAGGCGAACGACGGGCUCACGUUCAACAAGGUGUUCGGCGGCCAGUUCGAGGUCGUCGCCGGGCUACGCUACGUGUUCGACAUCGACGCGGUUGGCAGUGACGGCGUGGUCGGUGCUUAUACCGCGGAGGUGUACGUGCAGGACUGGACCAACACGCGCCUGCUCGUGUCUUUCAACUGA